AUGCCAGCGGAUGAGAAGGCUCGGCAGGUUUCUGUGGCCGUGCGGCUCCGGGGCGAUGUGCGGGGUGAGGCCUUCGCCGCCGAGGCGGCACGCCUGGAUGAUCUGCGGGCCGGCGACUCCUGGCACUUUGAUCAUGUGUAUCAGCCCAGCAGCACCAACAGCGAGCUGUUCGAGACCUCGGUGCAGCACGUGGUUGCGGGCGUCUGCCGUGGCACCGGCGGCAUUGUCCUUGCCGGCGGCGUGGCAGAGGCUGGGAGGAUCCUUACGGGCAAGGGUGACGAUGACAGUCUUGUGGGCCGCGCGGUGCAGCAGAUCUUUGAUGAGAUCUGCAGCCAGCGCUCGCGCAGGUAUAUGCUGCACGUGUCCUACUUGGAGAUGACCUCCACGCGCAUGUGGGACCUUCUCGCCGGUGGUCGGGAGGUGAAGCUCGAUGACCGGCAUCGCGCGAAGGAGAUUUCUCGACGGGUCGUCCGUCAUGGUCCCGAAGACAUCAGUGAGUGUUUGAGCGAAGGGAACCAAUGCCGUGGCCACGCGAACCUCGCGAAGGAGCUGGCUGCAGGGUCACACAGUGUCUUCGUGAUCGACAUGGGCUUCAGGUCUGCAAGCGAGACCAAGACGCAGAAGUCAACUUUGACAUUCGUGGACUUGGAUGGCUUGGACAGCGCUCCUCCGUCGGAGGCAGGGCGAGAGCCAGCCCGCCGCAACCUGUCCUUUUUGGGCCGGUCUCUCCGACGCCUCUCCGGGCCACUCUGGGCGCUCUUGAGGCGGCCAUUGGAGGCCAGCCUGAGCAUGGCCCUGAUCUGUAGCAUCUCAACGGGCCGCCGGGGCUACGCCCAGAGCCGCCGCGUCGUGGAUGCGGCGGCCUUGUGGGUGACGCAGGGGGAGGAGGAUCAGACAGCCGAGCAGACGACGAUCCGAGAGCUGGAGGGGCAGGUUCAGGCUUUGCAGGCCGAGCUCGCAGCCUCAGUGCCGCGCUGCGAGGUGUUGGCGCUGACGGAGCAGGUUCAAUCUUUGGAGCGGCAGCAGGAAGACUUGAGGGGCGCCUAUGCCGCAGCGGUGAAGCGGGCGGAGGAUGCUGAGCGGCGCUUGAAAGACGCGACCAAGGAACUCGAGGGGUUGCGGCUGCAUGCAAAAUCUGAGACGGCUCACGCUCCAGAGCCCCCUUCUGUGACGCCUGCGAAGGAGCCACGUCCACGCCGCUCGAGGGCGGCCGUGAAAGUGCAGCCGGCCUGGCAGGAUCUCAUUGGCCUCAACCAGCCAGUGAAGCGCCGACGCCGCGAGGAGGAGGAGGAGAUGAAGCCCGAGAAGCUCCUUCGUGGAGGUGCAGCCCGAGCACCUGCUGCGCCGGCUGAGAGCUGCAAGGGGGCUGGGCCCUGCAAGCUGCCGGCAGCAGGCGCCGCGCCUCGGGUGGAAGCCCAGGACUUCGCGCGUCCCUCUGCAGAGGAGAGGAUGGAGGCCCUUCUUGCCGAGAACGCGCGUGGAGGGGCGCCUGCACCAGCGCCCGUGACGCCGGCACGAUCACAACCCGCUACGGCACGGCGUCAACGCCAGGCCGUCCCGCCACUCCUGGCCCUGCCGCCACCGCCGGGUCUACCUUCAGGGGCCUCGCCAACCCCACCAGACCCCUCGCCACCACGGAGAAGGCGCCGACGUUCCCAGGACCUUUCCGAUGAGGCUGCGAAGGCUGCUCUCGCCGAGGCCGAAGCACACCAGGCCAAGAUCCACAAGCUGCAGGAGGAGCUGGCAAAGCGUCGCCAGGGCAUGCAGGUGAAGCGCCCUGCUCCUGCGCUUCGCGAGGUGCCCCUGGAGUCCCCAAAAGGACCGGCAAAGCCAGCCUUCCAGGCCCCCAUGCCGAAGAUACUUCCAAAGCCCGACGUCAAGGAGGCAGCCAGAGGCAUGGCCCCUCGAGUGGACGCUCCCUCCGAAAGUGAGGUAGCACUAUCCGAACUUCGCGAGCGACUCCGACAAGUUCGACAGCGUGGGGAGGCUGUCGAAGCUGCGAACAAGCACGUGCAGGCCUCGGCUGUACGCUUGUCCGGCGGGGGCCGGGCAGCAGCACCAACCGAGGCUUGA